CUGUUCUUGCAUUCUCAUGUUUUUGGUUCCUCUUGAGCAGUCCAGUCACAGCCCCAUGGUCACAGCAGUAGUCUAUCAGACUGCGCUCUUCCCACACUUUGUUCGAGUGUUUUGAAUCAGUUGAAUAGCUGUUAUCUUUUAAGAUGUGGAGUUAAUGUAAACGGAAGCUGUUUUAGGAGCUGACCCAUGUUCAGCUCGUAUAAGAAGCAGUAUUAAAUAGUUCGACGCUAGCUGAACGGCUAGCUAGCAAACAAAGCAAAACCCAGCUAGUCGGAAUCCCUGUCAACGAAAGGGAAGACAUCUUUCUGACCAUGACAGCGAUGCGCGUGGACGCCAAGGUGGUUAUGCUGGGAAAAGAGAGUGUUGGAAAAACCAGUCUGGUGGAGCGAUACGUCCACCACCGUUUCCUUGUUGGACCCUAUCAAAAUACGAUUGGAGCUGCUUUUGUUGCCAAGCCAAACCAUGUAGGAGAUAAAGUUAUAACUCUAGGAAUAUGGGACACAGCGGGAUCAGAGCGCUAUGAAGCCAUGAGUCGGAUCUACUACCGGGGGGCACGAGCAGCAAUCGUGUGCUAUGACCUAACAGACAGCAGUAGUUUUCAGCGUGCCAGAUUUUGGGUUAAGGAAUUACAAAACUGUGAAGAGCACUGCAAAAUCUACUUGUGCGGUACUAAAAAUGACCUAAUUGAAGCGGACAGAGGUGCUCGACAUGUGGACUACCAUGACGUGCAGGACUUUGCUGAUGAGAUUGGGGCCCAACAUUUUGAGACUUCUAGCAAAACUGGAAAUAACGUGGAUGAACUGUUCCAAAAGGUUGCUGAAGACUAUAACAGUUCAUCGUUUGAGGUCAUGCCUGAAGAAAAAGGGGUAGACCUUGGUCAGAAGAAGGACUCGUAUUUUUAUGCCUGUUGCCACCACUGACUGAUGUGGUUUUGCCUGUGGCCAGCCAACUACACCAGAGCCUCUUGCUCCCAAAGGGGAACUUCAUUCCUUGGUCAUACGAUCUGUGCAUCUUUUUAUCGACGGCAUCCACAAAAGAAACGCUGCCAUUAUCGUUUUGUGCCAAGCACCAGUGUUGUUCUUCCUUCUGCUUUUUUUUUUUUUUUUGGUUAUCUCUGCAGUCAUCCAUGCCAUGUUUUGGCAGGACAGGACCUCAGUGGAGGAGAAGACUUUUGUUGUAUUGUACUGAGUCAUCACUCCAGUUCCUUGCUCUCUUCUGUGCCUCCUCUGAGGCAAAGGUGUGGCGGAAGAAGGGGAUUGGUGCCAGAGGCGCCACAGUGAUCCCAGCUGGAACAAUGCCCCUGUGUCCACCCUCUCCAGCGCCUGUUCCAGUGGGAGCACCUUCUGUCUGCUAAAGACUGUUUACUUUGCUCUCAUGUCCUUCACUCUGCUUUCUGCUUCAGAUACUGACAGUGCUAUUUUUUUUCUCAUUUCUAUUUUUUCUUUUUUUUUAAAAAUAAUUCCUCUUUGCAACCUGUUUGCUUUCAUUGAUUGUUUGAACACUAUUUAUAUCUCGUUUUUUUUUUUUUUAUUAUUCUGACCCGUGAAUGAUGGAGGAUGACCAUUCAGUCAUUCCAUAUAGAGUAAAGUUUAUCGUUCUUUCACCUCAGCAGCACAUUUUGCUAGUUCAGUGUUUUAUCCACUUGAGCUAACUCAUAUAAAAUAUGUUAUACCCACACAAAGAAAGCUGUGAGUAGGAAUACUUGUUCUCAAACCAGAAAAUUAAUCAAAAGGCUGUGUAAUUUAUUAUUGUACAAUGUUUCUCUAGUGCACAAGUUUUGCACACAAAGACCCCUCUACCAAAUUGAUCUUGCACAGCGACAGAGCAGGCAGAAUGGGCAGUGAUGAAUUUUGAAGAAUGUCGUGUUUAAUGUUUACAAUGUUUUUAGUGGUUUGUUUUAAUUUAAUUAUACUUAAAGUGUGCAUUUUGAAGAGCCUCUCAAGUAUCUUUGUGUGAACAUGUGAGGAAGUGGCUUUACUAUGUGUGCCUCGACAGGACAUGUACAAAAGCAUAAUCUAGUUGGUCGGAACAAAUCGUUUCACUUUCUAGCUAUGUUUACAGAGCUUAGUUUACAGUUGCUAAGAUCUGGGACAAAUACAGCAUUUGAAUGAAUGUAAUCAAUGUGGAUAUGCAUUUUUGCCUGAAAAAAGUUGCAAAAGAUGCUCAUUAUUAUCACUCCGAUCUUGCACAAAUACCAUCUAGUCCUACUUCUGGAUGUGUAGCACAAGAUGAAUUUCAUGAUUAAUGUCAUUUCAGCUGGAUGAUCUGAAUGAGAUAAUUGAAUAUAAGUAAACCAGCAGUUGUCAUGGUACAAUUGGCCAUGGAAAAAAAUACACUGACAGAGGACAGGCAUUCAAGUAGGCAUCCCAUGAAGACAUAUCAUGAAGCACUUAGCUUUUGAAGUGGUAGCAUGGUUUUCAGAGCCAUGUGAAGUGUAGAAGGAAACUUGGGGGCAGUGUAUGCAUGUUUCUCUUUCUCUAAAACUGGAUAGGACAAACUGAUAUCUUGGUCCCAGAGUGAUGUGCACUCUUCAGUUUGUGUGAUUUUGUCUAAACAAUCCAAAUUCUCAGUCAUUGCCUCUGGGUUUCACACAUGCAUAUCCGUGUAUAACUGGUCUUCAAACAGGGUUUGACUUCAUGGCCAAACUGUAACUUGUGCAGGAGAGCUUCAGAAAAUGUGAUCGAUGUCGUGCAACACAAGCACAAAACGACGCUCGUUUAAAUUCUUUGUAGUCUGCUUCUCUCAAUUUCCUUUCCCCCAAUGAAUUUUGCUGGUGUGUGAAGCUUUGAAGCGCUGAUGAGUCCCAAGGCUGUAGAAGGCUGUUCCUGCCUAUGGUUCCUGGUUUUCAGGGGCCUGGAUUCUCAAAUGACUAUGUAGCACUUGAAAACGGAACAUAACCUGCAUUACACAUCACGUUCCAUAUCUCUACACUGCCUCUUUUGACAUAGGAUGGACUUGUUCUGUUAUGACUGACACAAGUGCCACAUGGAUGGUUGAGAAUGCAGCCCCUGGAAAGAAAAGCAUUGUUCUCAGAACUUCCUCAAUGUAAUGAGACACUAUGGGUUUGACCUGAUAUAUCCACGUGUAUGGUGGUUGAACUAGAAAUGAUGUGAGGCAUCUCAAAUAAAACUCAAAAAUAUCAA